AGUUACACCCUCGGAUACUCAGAGCAAGCUACAAAACUCUUCUGCUUCUACUACGGAAAUAUUCAGUUAUAUACUUCCUCUUAAGGCAAGAACUUAUUUUUCUUCUGAAAUUCACACAGGCAAGGCUAGCAGUAAAGAAAGUAUUUGUGAAAGCUUUGAGAGAAGACCUAAAAAAAACAAAAAUGAGCAAGUGUAUCAAAGUGCUCAAGUAUAUGCUGUUUGUCUUUAAUUUAUUGUUUUGGGCAAUUGGAUGCUCUGUCAUAUCUAUUGGCAUCUAUUUUGUCAUUCAUAACAUCUAUGGGAGCCUAUUUCCAAACAUUCCAUCUCUUACAACUGGCAAUAUCUUAAUUAUUUUUGGAUGUGUUAUAAUGGUAUUUGGAUUUGUAGGAUGCAUGGGAGCAAUUAAGGAGAAUAAGUGCCUACUUCUCACUUUCUUUAUUUUGCUCCUUCUGAUUCUAUUGACCGAAGUUAUUCUGGCUAUUGUCCUGUUUGUCUAUGAAAAAGAGAUUGGCCCACAUAUCACAAAGCAGUUGAGACAAAGUUUUGAGGAGCACAAGGAAAACAACAAAAAUCAAACUAUUUGGGACGAAAUACAGAAGUCUAUGAAAUGCUGUGGAAUCAAUGGUUCAUCGGACUGGGGUAAUUUAGUUCCACAAUCUUGCUGCCCAGCAGAAACGAAAGGGUGUUCCAGCAGUGAUGCCUUUAAACAGGGGUGUUCUGUAGCUUUCACAGCAUGGUUUGAAAGUAAUUUCCUUUACGUUGGGAUAGUGACCAUCUGUACAUCGGUUAUUGAGGUAUUAGGAAUGUCUUUUGCACUGACUUUGUAUUGCCAUAUUUCCAAAAGCAGCGGCUCAAUGAAUGCAAAGUGAUUAGAUAAAUCAUUUUUUUUCUUCCAUCGCAAUAAUUCAUUUUUUUUUAAAACCAAGACUGCAUCUCAAAACUGAUAUUAAAAAUAUGUACAUUUUUAUAUGCUAUCAACAGCCUACAACUGGGUUCCAAACAUACUUUACCAUGCCUAAAGCUUACCAUACAAGUCCUCUGAAGGAAAAAAAUAAACUUCUGCAUUACAACUUUCAAGGGUUCUGUUCAUAGGCUACUGGUUGUUAAUUAUAUAACAAACAAAGAUAUUAUAGGAGUAAAUACUAUGUAUAUUUCAUAGGCCAUGCCCAUUGCAACUCAUUUCAAAUCGCUAGCCCAAAGUUUAUUGUAGCCCCUGUUAGUUGCAAAUGACCCCUAGAGAAUUGGCUCGUACACAUGUAUGGAUUUACCUUCUCUCACUUUUGUAUACCACAGAAAAACACAUUUUUAACCUAGAACUAUAUUUUCAUUUACUAUAUGUUAAAAGUUAUUCGUAUUACUCCGGUUUUAAUGGUUCUUUAUUUAACACAAUUUGAAUCUUUUAAAAAAAAUCUAAUGAUUUGACACGGACUUAAAUAAUCCUGCCCAUAAUUAUAGUCUUUGUUUACAGAAAAAUAACUAUUUUAAAUCCAGAGAGCGUGUGACAGGUUAACAAAACUAUAUUCCACAGUGCAAUUUUUUUGUACAUAUAAAAUAAUGGGAAUGUAUUGCAUUUUUGGCUGUACGUUUAUAAAAUUAUAGCGGUGUAACCAAAAUGUAUGUAUGCGUAUACAUUUAUAUUACUUUCUCUACUUUUUCAUAUGACCUUUUUUGUACUUAAUAUUUAUUAAACUGUGCUUACUACUU